UCUCAGGCCUCUCUUACCAACACAUUCUCUUUGAGUAAGGGUGUCCUGUUUCUUCCCUAGUGGUUAAAGGUGGUAGCAUUUUAUCGCCGAGUUACAGGCCCAUCCGUCACACAUAACACCAAAAAAUGCCAUCCAACGACGAAUUGGCUUGCGUAUAUGCAGCCCUCAUCCUUAUGGAUGACGAAGUCCCAAUUACGGUUGAAAAGAUUAGUACCAUCCUGAAGGCUGCUAAUGUAACUGUUGAACCCUACUGGCCAGGUCUUUUUGCCAAGGCUGCCUCUGGUCUUGAUCUCAAGGCCAUUGUCUGUAAUGUUGGAUCUGGAGUAGGAACUGGUGGCGGUGGUGGUGGCGUUGCUGCCCCUGCUGGUGGUUCUGCUGCUGCUGCUGACGCUCCAGCUGCUGAAGAAAAGAAGGAAGAGUCUGCAGCAGAAGAAUCUGAUGACGACAUGGGCUUCAGUCUGUUCGGUUAAACAUCAGCCAUUUAAAAUAAAUUUUUGAAUGUACAGAA